AUGUAUUUGUAUUUAUUAAUAAAAAGAGAAUCUAUUGUAUUUCUAGGUCAAUUACAUCCAUAUUUAUUACAAGAUUCUCGUACGAUAGAACAUGCUUGGCAACAACAUGAAGAAGUUCAAUUAGUAAUAUCCGGUCGUCACUAUCUCAUUGAUUUACAGCAAUUACAACAAAUUAAUGAAGAAACAAAUCAAGCACGAUUUAUUAAACGUACUGUUACACCUAAUAUGACCGAUACAACAGCAACAACAACAAUAGCAACAGAUUCAAUUGAUGAAUCAACUAAUACCAAUCGUCAAUUAACAACAACAAAUAAUUCUUCGGAUGCUCGAACUGAAAUGAUGAAAGAUAAUAUUGAAUUAUAUAGUUCAUUUAUACAAUCAUUAUUUAGUGUUCUCUAUGAAGUAUAUAAUUCAUUGGCUGGUCCAGCUGUAAAACAUCGUUGUUUAGAAGCAUUACUUCUUAUGAUAUAUUAUUGUCCACCAGAUUUAUUUGAAACUAUUUUAAAACAACAAUCAAUAUCAUCUCAUAUAGCAUCAAUGUUAGCAUCAUCUGAUUAUAAAAUAGUUGCAAGUGCUUUACAAAUGGCUGAAAUUCUUAUGAAAAAAUUACCACAAAUAUUUUCAAUUUAUUUUUAUCGUGAAGAUGUUGUACAUCAAAUUGAAAUACUUAUUGGUUUUGGUGUAUCAUCAUCAUCAUCAUCGAAUAUAUCAUUAGCACGUCAUAAUCAUACAAGUGGUAGUCGUAGUCAACUUGAUCUUGUUCAUUUAAAUGAUCAUAAUAUAUCAACACAAAAUGAAACAUUAGAUGAACAAUUACGAAACCCAACAAAUACACGUCGUUAUUAUACAAUAACACUCGAAACACACCCAUCAACAAGAAUUGAAACACGUUCACAACGUGCACGUCUACCAAAAACUUCCAGGGAUUUUACAAGUAAUUUUUAA